AUGGACGCCUCGUUGAUGGUUUUCCCUGCAAACCUCCAGGACCAUUCAAGAUGGCGCCUUUACACUCGCCGCCCUUGGAUUGUGACCGAUACCUACGAGCAAGAGGUUAAUACAGAUUACUAUUCCGAUUUGGUCACUGAGAUACAUCAAAUCUCUCCAACUGCAACUUUGCCAGCCGAGGCCCUGUCCACCGCGACUUCCACCGACACCGUCUAUGACUACACUGUUGUCGAAAAGCUGUAUCCCACUGGCUAUGGCGAGGAACGCGGCCUAUACGAUAGCUAUGACUAUGGCUACCACGACACUAUGGAUGAUGAUGGAAACUAUCAUAGUACCGUCUACAAGGUCAACUUGACUUACUCGGCCCCGACGGCCUGCUCUACCCAAUGGACCACCACGACUGCCGUCAGGAUCGCGACCUUGCUGCCCAGGGAUCAUGUUACAACCUCAACCUCGGUCGACGGCAGCGAGCCCUUCCAGUCGACCACCUACAUCUACGAAGUGGUCUUCGUGGAACCGACCCAAAUCCCCAGCAGAACUCUGAGCUCUCUGAGCUCCUACAACACCCCCACCUCUCGGUACUCGGGUGCUGGGUGUCGGUAUACAGACAGCGACUAUAACGGCAACUCCGGAUACUACACGGGCUUGUCCGACGGACCAGGGAACAGCGACGGAUCAUCCAAUGGCUACUACUAUGGCUAUGGCUACGACGAUGACAACUGGUUCACCAGCAAGUGGGGAUCAGGCAUCGGCAUCUCCUACCUCGCAAUUGUAUUGAUCUGCGCGCUGGGCUGGAUCGGCAUCGUUUUCAUCCUGGGCAUGAUCGAGGCCUGGGUGCGAUUCCGUCGUCUCAUGACGGGCUGGCAGACCCGUCGUGGUCUUCCUCUUUUCUGGUCCUUCAUUUGGCUCCCUCUUUCUCUUUUCUGUCUGUUUUGCUUCCGCAAGGGAUACCGCGCCCGCAGCAAAGAGGACGCCGAGGUCCUCCAGAAGAGGUGGGAUGCAAUGAGUUUCUGGACGAAGCUGCGCUUGUUCUUCGCCUGGGGUUUCCGCUUCAAGUACCCGACUGUCUUGGGUCCGGCACCUGCGCUUGUCAAGGCAAGCAAGAGGCCCGAUCAGUCUGGUCCGCGCUUGUUGGAUGCUACUCCUCCCAGUACCAAUGCGCCUUCACGGGCUGCGUCUGCGGAAGGUGUUUCGGCUGCUGGUCCUGGGAUGAGUCAGGUUCCUGCGUCUCAGGCUCAGCCUCAUGCUGCUUCACAGGCAUCUGGUGCUUUGCCAGCGGGGCAUUAUGAGGAGACUGGUCCCGUUCGCUAUGCUUGA